GUUUAGGUACGUGCUUUGUUUUACGAAGAAAUAUGACGAAAUAACCAAGGGUUAUGUGACUAUGCCUGGUUGGUGCUGUUUGCGACAUUUCCUGAAAACAUGUAUUUUGCGUCGGUGCCUACUGAUUACUUUACUAGACAUUGCUAAAGCACAAAAUAGUCGAAGCUGCAUGCGUUAUAAUAUUGCAGCAGUUGCGAUGUCUUCAAGUCCAAGCUCCAGAGAUCGUCAAAGUUCAAUAAUGUAUGACUCUGGGUCUAAACAUCCAGAAGGCUAUACAAUUCACGCAGCGCACAUCACCGAAGUCCACAACGUGCCAUUACAAAUUCUGAUCCGGCCAAUUCCGCCAGUGCUCGAUGAACAGAAAGUACAGUCUUUGAUGGAAACAAUUCUGGUAGGCCUACAGGAUCCGAAUUCCCGAGAUGACGUACCUCCCAUUGACGUUUUGUGGAUAACGGGUAGAUUAGGAGGCGACUACUAUUACUCAUUUGGUGGUUGCCAUCGUUACGAAGCUUACAAGCGACUGAAAAUGGAAACAAUUCCGUGCAAAAUCUUUAAAUCCACCGUUAGUGAUCUGAAAACGUAUUUGGGUGGUUCCACGCCAGAUCUGUUGUAGUUUCCAAUGGCGGCAUGAACUGUUUUGUAACACAGAAGCGUUGAUAACGGCAUUUAGUAUUUCAGUUACAGAUCUGAGGGUGUAAGCUCUUCGUGGGUGUCCUACGGAAAGUGAACCCAUGACUACAAUGAAUUCUUUGUAAAUUUUCAGAAACAAACAGUUAUUUAAUAUCUCUUGGUUGGUGUAUGACAAUAGAGAAAUGAAAAAAAAAACCCUCAACCCCGACAAACAAUUAGCCAAAAACUCAUUUAGUGGGUAUCUAAAUUUGACACCCCGACAUGUGCUGUUUUCUUACCCAAGUAAAAUCCUGGAUUGAACAGACCUACAGCGUUAAUGAUUUAAAAAAACCUUGUGUAUCAUAUUGCUUUUAUCAAUGGUUAAAAUGUAGCAAAUGAAUUUUUAAGCAUGACUUGUGAAGUUUUAAUCCACUAGCUCUAUCGUAGGCGAUUUUAUUUUUUAAUUCUAGAACCCAUGAUGUACAUACAAAAGUAGGGCUUGUGGAUUUUUAUUCAUGGCUAGUGGAUUUACAAAAUCCCUGAUCCCAUGGCUAGUGGAAUUUUAAAAAAUUAUAGAAGCCCAGAAUUGCAGAUCCAGAACAGUACUGUACACAAACUGCUUUGAACUCGACGGCUUUGCAGAAUGUUUUUUGUUUUUUACUUUCAGUGCAUCAAACAAAAACAAAAUCAGUAAUUCAGUAGUAUAUAUUAUGGGCUUCCUUUUCAAAUUAUUGUUCAUCAAAGUUUUAACAUUUUACAAAUUUAUAAUAAUAAACAUUAUUAAAAUA